CCGAGGCAUCGGUCAAACAGGCGAAGAGUCGGUUAUUGCCCCUGGGAUCUCGUUCCUAGCUUGUACACUUCAAGCCUCGGCGUCCGGGGACCAGACAAGACCCGAUCGGGACUCCCGCCCGGGCCGCGAAGACGGGAAUCCGGACAAGACACGAUAUCGUUCCAACGCGGUGAAAGUUAUAUAACUCCCAUCUCUGUUGUACCUCAGAGAAGAACCAAUAGACUGACUUCAUCGCACACAACAUCCGAAAACAAGGAACAUCCUACUCGAACCCUUCCCUCGCCCUUUUCCCAGCAUAAGGCGUUGGCCGCAUCAACUGUCCCAACAUGUCUACCUUUAUCAAGCCAAUCCCUAAAAGCAUCCUCAUCUUUGGCGCGGCUGCUCACAUCGGCCGCCCACUGACAGAGUACCUCACCCGGGAAGCGCCCUCGAUCAAGCUGCGUCUCGCCACAAGCAGCCCCAACAAGAAGAAACAGCUCCAAGACGCCUUCCCGAAUGCAGAGGUCGUCGAAGCCAACUACAGCGACGUGGCGUCUCUCUCGGCGGCCGUCAGCGGCAUCGAAGGCGUCUUCGUCAUCACCCCCGGCGGUCUCUCUGAGCAGGAGGCCAUGACGAACCUGGUGACGGCGCUGAAGGAAGCCAACAGCGCCAUCCACAUCAUCCGUCUCGUGGGGGUGUUUCCGGAGAUCCCGCCCGCGCAGAUACCCGCCACCGUUGGGCCCGGGUCUCUCGCGGUUGAGCACCCCAUCGCCAAGCGCAUCCUCGACGAGAGCGGGCUCCCCGUCACAUACAUCAACUCGGGCGCCACGUUCAUCGACAACUUCUGGAUCCAGAUCCGGCCUGUCCUCGCCAAGAAGACCCUCAUUUGGCCGGAGCACCGUGUCCCCUUUAUCGACCCUAGAGAUAUCGGCGAGGUUGCUGCCCGGCUCUUCCUGUCGGACAAUGCGAAGCACAUUGGCGCGUUCCACACCAUGAACAACGGCCACGACUGGCUCACGUACCGAGAGGUCGCCGGCAUCCUGUCCGAGGUCCUGGGAGAGCCCAUCGGUUACGAAGGCGACUUCGAGGCGUUUUCUGGGUUUUACGGUCCGGUCAUGGGGCCGCAGAUCGUGCAGGUCCUUUGGAACUUUUUCAAGUACGAGGAGUCGCACGAGGUGAUGUGGUCCCUGAAUAACUUUGUGGAGAGGACUUUGGGACGGAAGCCGACGACAGUGAAGGGGUGGUUGCUGGAGCAUAAGGAGAAGCUCACACAAGGGACUGGGGGCGGCGGGUGGGCGUCAUAACAAUAGACCUGCGCCUGGUACUUAGAUAGACAACUUGCAUGGCGAGUUUACCAAAGAGCAUAUCACAAAGAUGGAAAGUAAUAUAGAUC